AUGUCCUAUGAUAGUUACUAUGGUCAUCAGGUGGAUAUCCAUUUCACAGGUCCAAAGGGAAUAUCCUCUCGUCAAGUAAUUCAAGCCAGAUCAAGCCCUGAUAUGGUGGCUUUGAGAAAAAUAGGCCUUAGCUUGUUUCAAUCAACGAAUAUUUUUGAUUCAUAUGCGGUAACAGCCAAAGUAAAUGAAACGGCUUCUGAAAGAACUCCGAUACGUAAUUACAAAGACCUUGAAAGCAUUUGGGAUGAUGUUCUAACAGUGGGAACUUUGUACAUCGAUGUGGCUGAAAAAAAUCACUAUGAACCUCAUGACGCUGGAAGCAUCACAGAUGCGAUCACAGAUGGAAAUGAUACUAAAAUGUCCAUCCCAUCAUCUCAAUGGGAUAAACUAAUCAGAUCGUUAGAAAAACUCGAAUUAUCUAUUAGAGGCAAUAAUGUUAACAGUUCAACUUCUGAGGAUACUGUUCAUGAGGGAAUAGUCUGCGAUGGGUGCCAAGGUCCGGCUGAUGGAAUCCGUGUUGUCAAUACAAAAACCGCAGAUCAAAAUGGGUUCAUCAAGGGGCCCAGAUUUUGUUGCUUAUACUGUCACGAUUAUGAUUUAUGCAGCGAAUGCGAAAAGAAGGGAUUCACUUCGGGUACUCACAAAUCCUACCAUAACUUCGUUAAGGUUGUCACACCCGAUGCUAAAUUGAAAUCGUUUACUUCGGACUACUUGAAGAGCACACAUCAGCAAGUUACGAGACCAUCCAGGUACAAUCAAGUGCCUGCUCCAUCUAGGUACAACCAAGUUCCUGCUCCAUCUAGGUAUAAUCAGGCUCCUGCUCCAUCAAGGUAUUACCAAGUCCCUGCAACAUCCAGGUACAGUCAGUUUCCUGCUCCACCUAGAUAUAAUCCAGAACCAUUGCCAUCUGAAAUUAAGGUUGAAGGCUUUUACGGAAAAGACAAAGCAUCACCUAGAAACUCUUCUCCUCGCGUACCAGCUGCUAAUGUGCAGCAUGAUUUUAACGAUGUUAUCAUUGAAGUUGGACAACAGAACAAGGCAAUGUUUGAUUUCUUUGCUGAAAUCAAAACAGAGAGUGAAUUGGAGAAAUUAAUGCAAGAUGCCAUCAGCUGGAGAAUUGCAAAGCAGUGGUACGGAGAAGACAUCUAUGAGAAAUUAGAGAGGUAUCAGAAUAUGAUGCAAGAAAACGCUCAGAAGGAGCGAGAGAAUGAGUCUUCCGAUGAGGCAACUAUGAAUACUCAAGGGUCAUCAAAUCCUUCAUUAAGGGUAGAGAUGUUCCAAAAAGGUCAUUUGUUAACAUUUAAACUUUUUAAUGAUGGUGACGAAACAAUUCCAAAUGGAUUAAAAUUAGUGUUCCAGUGCGAACAGAAAGGCAGAGUGGCAACCCCGAUUAAAUGCAAUUUACAAGUUGGUCCAGACGAAUUACAGCCAGGUAACUACAAAAUUUUGAACUUUAACUACCGUGGCACAUUGGAAGAAUUUAGCUUUGAGCAACCAUGCAAGAUUGAUCUCAUUGAUGUCAGAGAACAAGUGGUAUAUACCACAGAACAAAGCACGGUACCAGGAUCAUCGGUAUUCCAUUUAAAACCUCCAGUCUGUAAGAUGCUCCCAAUGGGUGAUCGCAGAAAUAUACCAUGCAACGAAGAUGAAGACCCUGAUGUUCAAUACACAUUAACUAGCCCUUCACAAUCUGAUACUGAUGUUAUAUCUUCUUCAGUCACGGAUCAAGAAGAAGAGGAGGAGGAAGAAGAAGAAGAGGAAGAAGAAGAGGAAGAAGAAGAAAAUACAGCGCAGGCAGACAAUGAAAACAAUGAUCUCGUCUACGUUGAGUCGCUCUCUGAAGAGUACGAUUUACUAAGUGAUUCGGACUUUGAUCAUAACUGA